AAGUAUACUCUGACGUACUUCUGGAAAAUCCCGUUUACUUCCGUGUUGUUGACUGAAGCGAACAAAAGCUGUUGAAACAGAAAAUGCCCACAAACAGUCGUGAAAAAAAGAUAGAUUAUGACACUUAUAUCAGGGAUUUACCUUUCUCAACGCAAAGAUAUCUAAGUUCGCUCUUGGAUCCAGAUCAACUAUGGAAAAAGUUCGUAGUCCACGUCCCCAAAAAAGUGGAUUCUCCAAAUUUUCAAGAAAGAUAUUCAUCAAUGCAAGUAAAAUUGUUUGAAGAAAGGGGCAAUAAAAAUAAUGGCAGUUCAACAAAAUGCAUUAUUGAUGACUGGGGAACACAAAAUUCGCGAGUUAAACACUUAUUGAAGGCAUUAACUGAAGCAGAACUUUAUGCAGCUGCUGAUUAUUUGUCUGUGAAGAUUUUGCGCCAAGAUCCUGUGCAAAGGAAAACAAGUGCUACAUCAUUUUCGUCUCAUUCAGAUAGUCUACCAUACCCUCCGUCCUUCUCGCCAACACAAAACAUUGACAGUGUAGAUGAGAAGAAAUUUAAUAAAGAUAAGGAUAUAUCAGAGUUAACAGGACAAAGUCUACCCCAAAGCUCUGUAGAUGAUGUUGUGUAUCACCGAAUUCCGUCAUAUGAUGUCUAUCCAUCAAAUGAUGCGAUGGCUGGAAUAUCCCUAAAUUCAACAAUCAAACAUAAAAAUACCGAUAACUAUACAAAAGAAAAUAAAGACAAUUUACCAGUAAUUCAGCCACAAACUAAAACACAAGAAUUCUCUUACAAAGCAUUGUGUCUUAUAACAAAUGAUUUUGAUGGCCGCAAUUUAGAAGAAGGUGGGAGAGUAAUUGGAUCUGGUGGGUUUGGAAAAGUUUAUUUAGGACUGCCUGCUAAUGAUUACAAGGUUGCCAUAAAAGCUUUGAAGUUUGAUGAAGAUUCUAAACCUGAUGCACAAUACCAAGCCAUGAUGACCAAACAGUUCCAGACAGAGUUAGAAACUCUUUCUGAGUAUCGUCAUGAGAACAUAGUUCCUUUCUUGGGUUUCUCCAUUGAUGGUUAUCAAAAAUGUCUGGUUUAUCAAUACAUGCCUAAUGGAUCACUAGAAGACCGGUUAUAUUGCUUACACAAUACAGAUCCCCUUUCAUGGCAGCAGCGUGUGAAGAUAAGUCAUGGAACAGCAGAAGGAAUAGUGUAUUUGAAUACAAACAAGCUGGUUCAUCGGGAUAUUAAAAGUGCAAAUAUACUGUUAGAUGAGAACUUUUCACCUAAAGUGGGUGAUUUUGCUACAGUUAGACUUGCACCAUCGGGCACUGGAUUUUCUACGGCAGUUAGUACCAAGCUUGUAAUAGGUACUUCAGCCUACAUGGCACCUGAAGCCCCCAGGUUUGACAUUUCUGCUAAGCUGGACUCAUUUGCGUUUGGAGUUGUAUUACUGGAAUUGUUAACGGGACUUCCACCUUUAGAUGAACAGCGAUCAGAAUGUGACCUGUUAAGUUAUAUUCUGGAGAACUGUGAUGAUACUGACAUUACUAAAUAUUUAGAUAUGAAAGCAGGAUCCUGGGAUAUAGACAUUGCGAAUUCUAUGUAUGAAGUGUCAAGACAAUGCUAUGAAAAUAAGAAAAAGGACAGGGUUUUGGUCAGUGAUAUUUUACCAGUUCUUGAAAAGCUUGUAAAUAAAAUUUAGACUUUUUCUACAUGUAAAAACAUUUGAGUUGUGAACCUGUAAUUAAAUAUGACAAAAGUUU